AGAUUUUAAUCAAGUAUUGUUACAAGAAACAAUUAUGCAUACUUACCAGAUUCUAUAAACACCCUAGCCAAAUUAGAAGUAUUACAAAGAAGAACAUAUUGGGUAAUUUUUAAUUUUAGACUCCUAAUAUCUACUCUGAACACUCUUCCCAUUGUUGUACCAAUGCUAAUCAAACUUUAGUACCCUGAAAAAUGUUAGGCUAAAGAUAACUCAGCAAAGAAACACCACGGGAGAAGAUUCAUAUAGAAUUUUGAUGAUUUUUUUGUAAACGAGUGCCUUCCCUUGCUGAGAUGAUGGAAGUGAGUUAUAGGGAAGGGAAAAAGUGGAGUUUGCUGCUGCCAAGAUUCCCCAAGUGGCUCUGCGUCCCUCCUCGAGGGUUAGUCACAGUUAAACACAACAGCUCAUUAGGCAGGACCAAGAGCAACAACAUCUAUCCAGAGAAAAUGCUCCUAUUGCCCCUAAAAUACCUUAGGAAGAGCAGGAUGGAGAGGAAAACUCUCUCUCGUCCUAAAAAAUAAAGCGGUUGUAGCAGAGCAAAUCAAUUCAGUUGGGACAAGACACUCAUGACUCCCUUGGGAAAGAGCGAUGGCUUUGGCAGCAGCCUGCAUGGAAACAGCAGAGGUAGAAAGGCAGGAGCAACCAGAGCAUUGCCUCUUCCCCAUCAGCUGCCUUGCUUGGCUUUCUGCAUCCUUCCCCUUUGUCUGUCAGUCCCUGUACCACCCUUUUGUUGUUCUCUGCCAGCCUGGGGGCUUGGAGAGCAGCUGCCCUGGUGUUCCCAGGGAGGUGGAGGCCCUGCAGAAGGGCCCUUGUGGCACUGCUGGGAGGCUGCAAACCAUCCCCGAGUAGCCAUUGCCUCUACCCACACGGCCAGCAGCACACGGGGCAGCUCUCCCUCCCUGCCUCCUCAGCAGCAGAAAAUGAACUGGGUCGGUGGCAGUCGAAGCAGAAUCAUAUUAAAGCAAGAAAGGAGAAAACAAAAGGAAUAUUUUGAAAGAAAGAAACUUAAGUCAAAAAUGAAGGUCCUGGAAGUAUCAUCUCCUAAGAAUUCAGCAGUCAGUUUGGAUCUUCUUAAUCUAUAUGUGGUUAACCAGAUAUCAAUCAAAAAAGACAACACUGAGAAUAUGCGGAAGCCAGUCCACAUUGAUAUCACUGAAGAUGAAAAAAAACCUAUCAGGAGACAUAACUUGGAGCUUCCCACGUCACCCCUACGAACACAACACAAGUCAAACUUAGACGUUCUCCAGAGCAGGUUACAAAAGCAAGUUUUGGACAGCAGAAGACAGCAUCUCUCAGAAAAAGUAAAAUACCAACAUAAUCUGUCACAAGGAACGGAAUUAUGCUAUCUUGAUUCUAGUAUGGAAAAUGAAGACAACAUGGCAAGAGUUUUUAGUGCUUGUCCAUUUUCCUCCUCUGGUUGUCAGUUCUCUAACUGUACACAGCUUUCAGAAGAAAAUUUCAACACAAACCUAAUGGGCAACAUUUGGGAAAAGACCUAUGAAAAGAAGCUGCAAAACCAGCCAGGAAACAGCUUUGAUCAAGACCCUUGGAAUACAAAACCUCCAACCCAGGGUAUUUUCAGGAAGUCUGAUACAGUGCCUCAAGAACUGCUGUUCAAGCCGUUUGAUAGGCCAGACUGCAUGAAUUCUGCCAGGAAAAAUCCAGUGAUAAUAGCCAGUAAUGAAUCAGACAACUGUGAAGGAAAACAAGAACCAAUAUUUGAUGUUGUGAAAGAAAGUGCAGAACUAAAAGGUCCCCAAGAUGGAAGUGGUUGUUCCUUUCUGGCACUAUUUGAAGACGAGACUCAACCAAUCCAUAAUAAUCCUUCCACAAAGCAUUUUAAUUCUUUUUCUAACCAAAGCAACACUGACGUUUUUUUCACUGUUCCUGAUGUUAGAAAUCAAAUUACCAACAGAAAUUAUUCUUAUGAUACUGAAAGGGUUUAUCCUGCAAUCAAUGCAAAAGAAAAUUCAGUAGACAGACACCUUGAGGGCAUUUUCACCGCUCCAGAACAGGUUUUCCUUAAAAGUAACAAUGCGUCAAGUACAAGCUAUGAGGAAACCAGUAGACUUCAUAAAACCCACCUGCAGAAAUGCCAUGAGGGACAGCACUACUUCAUACCCUGUGAAAUGAAAGGAAAAAGAGCAAACCUUGAAAAAAUUGAGACAUUUGCUUAUCAUCAUGAUCAGCAGAAUGGCCUAAAGGAGAAUGUGCAUAAUUCUUCAAGAAAAAAAAGUGAUGACAAGCCUGUGAAAGAAACAGCGUGGAAUCAGAACCAUCUCUUUAUAUUUGAAGAGUUCACAACAGCACAAGAGGAAAGGUGUAAGUUUGGAGUGAGUUCAUAUCUUCAUGAGAUGGAGAUGGAUGUGGAGUCACCACUCAGCAGCCUGUCUCACAGUUAUUCCCCAAGGCAGACUGAGAGCUAUUUGAGCUCUAGUCCUGACACAUCUGAAGAAGAAGAGACGGCCAAAAGGAAGGAAUAUCUGAAUGAACAGUUCUUGAAGGCACAUGAUGCCACCCUAUUCUCAGCCUCAGCAAGCAGAGAGGCUCCCAAGAGCUCCCAUACACGAAGUGUGGGUACGCAGCCCAGCAGCACUUUGGCUAGAGAAGAAGCAAACAAUCUUCAGGAGAAAAACUUUAUUUUUUGUGCCACAGAGGUGGAAAAUAAAACCCACACAGCCUUGUCUCAGGGUGCAUCACACCGUGCUCCUAAGAGGGAGCACGUCAGUCGCAGCAGCAGGUGCGAUGUUUGGUCGCAGACCGAGGGCUGUGUGACAGAAGUAGAGAAGGUGGAUGUGGGCACCCAGUGUGGCACCUUGAGGGUGUGCAGCUGUGGGGGAUCCCUCCCCGCUGCCCGCAGCCCGGGCGGGGUUCGUGCACCCAGCACUGCCGGCGCUGCAGGAGAGCACGAACGGCCAGUGCAGGAGGUGCCGCAGCCCGCGGGCACCGGCAGCGCAGCGGGGACAGACGCCCUCUCCUCGGAGACCGAGUACCUCAGUUUGGCUGGCAGAAGGACUCUAGAGGUGCUGAACUACAUUGAUAAAAUGAAGGAGAGAAAUAUGCAGUGAUCAACUAUGUCACGUAAAGAACACAAUAAUUUUGUCCAGUUCUUGGUGUAUUUCAUUCAAUUGGCAUACUCUGAUUUUUCUAGCAUAGUUAGCCAAAGAAUAUUUUUACUGUUUGAUUGCUUUAACUAUCAAUAAUUAUGGGUUUCUGUCUACCUACUGUUAUCUCAAAGUAUGGGUUUCUAUAAAUAUCCAACUAUUAACAAAGGAUUUUACAGUAGCCUAGUAAAUACAAAUGUUAGGAAUUCUAUUGGUUUCCUCACCAUAUAUGAUUCUGUAGUUUGGAAUUGAUUGACUGUGUUUAUUUUAACAUAAUGGGAAGAUGUUGUUCUACUUCAAAACAUAUUUAGUGUGGCUCUGAGUUCAGAGCCAUUGUCUGAUUCUCACCCAUUUUAACAGAAAAACUUGCCUUUGUCAUGUGUUCAUACUAAACACAAAAAUGGGAAACAACAGAAAAUAUACAUCUGCACACAUAGAAUGCAAUGUAAUUUUAAAAGUGCUAAUUUAUUACUUUUUUUUUAAAUGUUCAAUUUUCCUUCCAUAGCAGAUCCACUCAUUCAUUUUCUGGCUGUUAAUCUAAAAAAAUCUUUCAUGUGUUCCUGUAUUCUGUCUGCAAAUUAAAAAUCUGAAUUACUUGCCUCUUCAUUUCAGUAUUUGUGUGAAGCUACAGAUCACAAUGAAAGUUUCUG